CAAGCCAAAGAGCAGUUGCCCUGAAAAACCGGUUUAAAAAAACAAUAGCGUGUGUAUGAGUGAACUAUACUUCCUCUUUUACAUGUGAUGGUUCUCUGGUUCGUUUUAAUCUGUUGCACUCUCUUGCCGGGACGAAAAAACACUGUUGAUUAUUCUACAACAAGGAUGCAUGCUUUGUAUGCUGUGUUGCUUUUGGCCUUUCAGGUCCUCGGCAACUCUUCUCCUGCCGUAAACAAAGUUUGGGAAGAGUGGCAAAUCAAACAUCGCAAGGUUUAUGAUAAUCAGACUGAGAUGGUUUUCAGGAGAGCAGUGUGGGAGAAGAACGUGCAGUUGGUGUUGAGACACAACCAGGAGGCCUCAGCAGGAAAACACAGCUUCACAAUGGGACCCAAUCAUCUGUCUGACAUGACAGCUGAGGAAAUCAAUGAAAAGAUGAACGGCCUGAAGCUGGAGGAGCCUAUUAAUUUCAUGAAUGCCACUUUUAAGAAAGGAAGUGGCUUAUUGACACCUCAGAGUGUAGACUGGAGGAAGAACGGCCUGGUGAGUCCAGUCCAAAACCAGGGGUUGUGUGGGUCCUGCUGGGCCUUCAGCUCUUUAGGGGCCCUUGAAGGACAGAUGAAGAAGCGAACAGGGGUCCUUGUGCCCCUGAGCCCACAGAACCUGGUGGACUGCAGCACCAACGAUGGAAAUUACGGCUGCAGAGGAGGAUACAUCUCUAAAUCCUUCAGCUACAUCAUCCGCAACCGAGGCGUAGACUCAGAGAGCUUUUACCCCUACGAACACAAGGUCGUCCUGGACGGUAAAUGUCGGUAUUCUGUCAAGGGAAAGGCCGGCUACUGCUCUAAUUUACACAUCCUCCCACAAGGAGAUGAGAAAGCUCUGCAGGCUGUGGUUGCAUCAGUGGGGCCGGUCGCUGUGGGCGUGAACGCCAUGCUGCAAUCUUUUCAUCUCUACAGAGGAGGUUUAUACAACGUACCAAACUGCAACCCAAAGUUCAUAAAUCACGCUGUCCUGGUUGUGGGCUACGGCACAGACGGAGGACAAGACUUCUGGCUCGUGAAAAACAGUUGGGGAACUGCAUGGGGAGAAAAAGGCUUCAUUCGUAUUGCCAGAAACAAGAGUAAUCUCUGUGGCAUUGCCAGCUUUGCAGUCUACCCUACGCUGUGAAAAUGUGACCCAUCACCUGAAUCAUCUUGGUAGAAUAAAGGUUUCUUCUAUAAUAUCAGAAACCAGAUAUUUGUUUUUACAUGUCCUUCAUGCUGUCCUUAAAGUAAAAAAAAUACUGCCCAAAAAAGUUUAUUUUGCUAAAUUAUUGUAUCUGCUUUAGUUGCAUUUCUUAUUGAUGUUUGGACUCUUGAAUGAAUACUUAAUACCUUUUGGAGUUUCAAUCAAUCAAUGAGAUCUCAUCUUUUAUUUUUCAUUUUGGAAAAGCAAAAUAUUUCUUUGUUUUAUCAAUUUGAUGUGUUUAUUUAA